GGCUCUAGGGCUGUAUUACGUGUCUCGAUUAGCCCAAAUUUCGUCCGUUCACCAUGCCUAAACCAGCUCAACAAGAAGGGGAUGAUCCCGACCCAACCCCAUACUUGUUCGUUUCUUUGGAACAGAAACGUAUCGACCAAACUAAGCCCUACGAUGCCAAGAAAUCUUGCUGGGUUCCGGACGACAAGGAAGGAUUCGUACUUGGUGAAAUUAGAGGCACCAAGGGUGACCUCAUCAGCGUUGCUGUUCCUGGUGGAGAGGAAAAACAAUUCAAAAAAGAUCUUGUCACCCAAGUAAAUCCUCCUAAAUAUGAAAAAGCCGAAGAUAUGUCUAACUUGACAUACUUGAACGACGCUUCUGUAUUGCACAACUUGAAACAAAGAUACUAUGCUAAACUCAUCUACACUUACUCUGGUCUUUUCUGCGUCGCCAUCAACCCCUACAAGCGUUUCCCCGUAUACACCAACCGUUGCGCUAAGUUGUACCGUGGUAAGAGGCGUAAUGAAGUGCCACCCCACAUCUUCGCUAUUUCUGACGGUGCUUACGUAAACAUGUUGACCAACCACGAAAAUCAAUCUAUGUUGAUUACUGGUGAGUCUGGUGCCGGAAAAACUGAAAACACGAAAAAGGUAAUUGCCUACUUCGCCACUGUCGGUGCUUCCACCAAAAAAACCGAAGAACAAAUUAAGAAGGGUAACUUGGAAGAUCAAGUCGUACAAACUAACCCUGUACUUGAAGCUUUCGGUAACGCCAAGACCGUCCGUAACGAUAACUCUUCUCGUUUCGGUAAAUUCAUCCGUAUCCAUUUCGGUCCCACUGGUAAAUUGGCUGGUGCUGAUAUCGAAACUUACUUGCUUGAAAAGGCUCGUGUAAUCUCUCAACAAUCUCUUGAGAGAUCCUACCACAUCUUCUACCAAAUGAUGUCUGGAUCCGUUAAGGGACUUAAAGAGAUGUGUUUGUUGUCUAACAACAUCAACGAUUACCACUUCGUAUCCCAGGGUAAAACUACCAUUCCCAAUGUAGAUGACGGUGAAGAAUGUACUAUUACCGAUCAAGCUUUCGACGUUCUUGGUUUCACCCAAGAAGAAAAAGAUAACAUCUACAAGAUCACAGCCUCUGUUAUGCACAUGGGUUGCAUGAAGUUCAAGCAAAGAGGUCGUGAAGAACAGGCUGAACCCGAUGGUACUGAGGAAGGUGAACGUGUCAGCAAACUUUUGGGUGUCGAUACUGCCGCUCUCUACCAAGCUCUUACCAAACCCAGGAUCAAGGUCGGUAACGAAUUCGUAACCCAAGGUCGUAAUGUCAACCAGGUAUCAUACUCCGUUGGUGCCAUGUCCAAGGCCAUGUUCGACAGAGUUUUCAAAUACUUGGUGAAGAAGUGUAACGAAACUUUGGACACCCAACAAAAGAGACAACACUUCAUUGGUGUACUGGAUAUUGCUGGUUUCGAAAUCUUCGACUUCAACGGCUUUGAACAGCUUUGUAUCAACUUUACAAAUGAAAAGUUGCAACAAUUCUUUAACCAUCACAUGUUCGUUCUCGAACAAGAGGAAUACCAAAGAGAAGGCAUUGAAUGGGCUUUUAUUGAUUUUGGUAUGGACUUGGCUGCCUGUAUUGAACUUAUUGAAAAGCCCAUGGGUAUCUUGUCCAUCCUUGAAGAAGAAUCUAUGUUCCCCAAAGCUACUGACGCCACCUUCGUCGAAAAGUUGAACACCAACCACUUGGGCAAAUCCCCCAACUACCAAAAACCAAAACCACCAAAGCCUGGUCAGCAAGCUGCCCACUUCACCCUUGGCCAUUAUGCCGGUAACGUACCAUACAACAUCACCGGUUGGUUGGAAAAGAACAAGGAUCCCCUUAACGACACUGUUGUCGACUUGUACAAGAAGGGUACCAACAAGCUCUUGGUAGAAAUUUUCGCUGACCAUCCAGGUCAAUCUGGUGGAGCUGAUGCCGGCGGCAAAGGUGGACGUGGUAAGAAGGGCGGUGGUUUCGCUACUGUAUCUUCUGCCUACAAGGAACAAUUGAACAACUUGAUGACCACCUUGAGGUCCACCCAACCUCACUUCGUCCGUUGUAUCAUUCCCAAUGAAUUGAAACAGCCCGGAGUCAUUGACUCUCACUUGGUAAUGCACCAGCUCACCUGUAACGGUGUACUUGAAGGUAUCCGUAUCUGUAGGAAAGGUUUCCCCAACAGGAUGGUUUACCCUGACUUCAAACUCCGAUACAAAAUCUUAGCCGCCACGUUGAUUAAGGAUAGUAUGACACCUGAAAAGGCAGCAUCAGUAAUUUUAGAUCACAUAAACCUAGAUAAAGAGCUAUUCCGAAUGGGUAAAUCCAAGGUAUUCUUCAGAGCUGGAGUCUUGGGUCAAAUGGAAGAACUUCGUGACGACCGUUUGGGCAAGAUUGUUACCUGGAUGCAAUCCUGGGUCCGUGGUUACUUGUCCAGAAAAGAAUUCAAGAAGUUGCAAGAGCAACGUCUGGCUCUCCAAGUGUGCCAGAGAAACUUGCGCAAAUACCUCAAGUUGCGUACCUGGCCAUGGUACAAACUUUGGCAGAAGGUCAAGCCCCUCCUCAACGUCACCCGCAUCGAGGAUGAAAUUGCCAAAUUGGAAGAAAAAGCUGCCAAGGCCCAAGAAGCCUAUGAACGUGAAGCCAAAGCCAAGAAGGAAUUGGAAGGUCUUUACGCCAAAUUGUUGGCUGAAAAGACUGACCUCUUGAACAGUCUUGAAGGCGAAAAAGGAUCUCUCUCCGAAACUCAAGAGAGGGCCAACAAACUCCAAGCCCAAAAGAACGAUCUUGAAUCCCAAUUGGCUGAAACUCAAGACCGUUUGAGUCAAGAAGAGGAUGCCCGCAACCAAUUGAUGCAACAAAAGAAGAAAUUGGAACAAGAACUCUCUGGCUACAAGAAAGACAUCGAAGACUUGGAAUUGUCCCUCCAAAAGAGCGAACAAGACAAGGCUACCAAGGACCACCAAAUCAGAAACUUGAACGACGAGAUCGCCCACCAAGACGAACUUAUCAACAAGUUGAACAAAGAAAAGAAACUCUCUGGCGAAAGCAACCAGAAGGUAUCUGAAGAACUGCAAGCCGCUGAAGAUAAGGUCAACCACUUGAACAAGGUGAAAGCCAAGUUGGAACAAACUUUGGACGAAUUGGAAGACUCUUUGGAACGCGAGAAGAAACUCCGUGGUGACGUUGAGAAAUCCAAGAGGAAGGUAGAAGGUGACUUGAAACUCACUCAAGAAGCCGUUGCCGACUUGGAACGUAACAAGAAGGAAUUGGAACAAACCAUUCAACGCAAGGAUAAGGAAAUUUCCUCCCUCAAUGCCAAAUUGGAAGACGAGCAAUCCGUUGUUGGCAAGCAACAAAAGCAAGUCAAGGAACUCCAAGCCCGCAUCGAAGAACUCGAAGAAGAGGUUGAAGCCGAAAGACAAGCCCGCUCCAAGGCUGAAUCUCAACGCGCUGGCUUGGCCCGCGAAUUGGAAGAACUUGGCGAACGUCUCGAGGAAGCCGGUGGUGCCACCUCCGCCCAAAUCGAGCUCAACAAGAAGCGUGAAGCUGAACUUGCCAAGUUGCGCCGUGACUUGGAAGAAGCCAACAUCCAACACGAAGGCACCCUCGCCAAUCUCCGCAAGAAGCACAACGAUGCCGUCUCCGAAAUGGGUGAACAAAUCGACCAACUCAACAAACUUAAGGCUAAGGCUGAAAAGGACAAGGCUCAAUACUUCGGUGAACUCAACGAUCUCCGUGCCUCUGUCGACCAUUUGGCUAACGAAAAGGCUGCCAUUGAAAAAGUAUCCAAACAAUUGCAACAACAACUCAACGACACCCAAGGCAAACUCGACGAAACCAACCGCACUCUCAAUGACUUCGAUGCCGCCAAGAAGAAGUUGUCCAUUGAGAACUCCGACCUCUUGAGACAACUUGAGGAAGCUGAAUCUCAGGUAUCUCAACUCAGCAAGAUCAAGGUAUCCCUCACCACUCAAUUGGAAGACACCAAGAGAUUGGCCGAUGAAGAAUCCCGCGAACGCGCCACCCUCCUUGGCAAGUUCCGCAACUUGGAACACGACUUGGACAACAUUCGUGAACAAGUCGAAGAAGAAGCUGAAGCCAAGGCUGACAUCCAACGUCAACUCAGCAAGGCUAAUGCUGAAGCUCAAUUGUGGCGCCAGAAAUACGAAUCUGAGGGUGUUGCCCGCUCUGAAGAACUCGAAGAAGCCAAGAGGAAGCUCCAAGCUCGUUUGGCUGAAGCUGAAGAAACCAUCGAAUCCCUUAACCAGAAGGUUGUUGCUCUUGAAAAGACCAAGCAACGCUUGGCUACUGAAGUCGAGGACUUGCAACUCGAAGUCGACCGUGCCACCGCUAUUGCCAACGCUGCCGAGAAGAAACAAAAGGCCUUCGACAAAAUUAUUGGGGAAUGGAAACUCAAGGUUGACGACUUGGCCGCUGAACUUGAUGCCAGCCAGAAGGAAUGCCGUAACUACUCUACUGAAUUGUUCAGACUUAAGGGAGCCUACGAAGAAGGCCAAGAACAAUUGGAAGCUGUCCGCCGUGAAAACAAGAACCUCGCUGAUGAAGUUAAGGAUCUCCUUGACCAAAUCGGUGAAGGUGGCCGCAACAUUCAUGAAAUCGAAAAGGCCAGGAAGCGUUUGGAAGCCGAGAAGGACGAACUCCAAGCUGCACUCGAAGAAGCUGAAGCUGCUUUGGAACAAGAAGAGAACAAGGUACUCCGCGCUCAAUUGGAACUUUCCCAAGUCCGUCAAGAAAUCGACCGCAGAAUCCAAGAGAAGGAAGAAGAAUUCGAAAACACCCGCAAGAACCACCAACGUGCCCUCGACUCCAUGCAAGCAUCAUUGGAAGCCGAAGCCAAGGGUAAGGCUGAGGCCCUUCGCAUGAAGAAGAAGUUGGAAGCCGACAUCAACGAGUUGGAAAUCGCUUUGGACCAUGCCAACAAGGCUAACGCUGAGGCCCAAAAGACCAUCAAACGCUACCAACAACAACUCAAGGAUACCCAGACUGCUCUUGAGGAAGAACAACGCGCUCGUGAUGAAGCUCGCGAACAACUUGGAAUCUCUGAACGUCGCGCCAAUGCCCUCCAAAACGAAUUGGAAGAAUCCCGCACUCUCUUGGAACAAGCCGACCGUGCCCGUCGUCAAGCUGAGCAAGAAUUGGGAGAUGCCCACGAACAACUUAACGAUCUCUCAGCCCAAAACGCUUCCUUGUCAGCUGCUAAGAGGAAAUUGGAAUCUGAACUUCAGACCCUCCACUCCGACUUGGAUGAACUUCUCAACGAAGCCAAGAACUCCGAAGAGAAAGCCAAGAAGGCUAUGGUUGAUGCUGCCCGUUUAGCCGAUGAACUCCGUGCUGAACAAGACCACGCUCAAACUCAAGAAAAACUCCGCAAGGCCCUCGAAACCCAAAUCAAGGACUUGCAAGUCCGCUUGGACGAAGCCGAAGCUAAUGCCCUCAAGGGAGGCAAGAAAGCCAUUGCCAAGCUUGAACAACGCGUCCGCGAACUCGAGAACGAAUUGGAUGGAGAACAGAGAAGACACGCUGAUGCCCAGAAGAACUUGAGAAAGUCCGAACGUCGCAUCAAGGAAUUGAGCUUCCAAGCCGAGGAAGACCGCAAGAACCACGAACGCAUGCAAGAUCUCGUAGACAAGCUCCAACAGAAGAUCAAGACCUACAAGAGGCAGAUCGAAGAAGCCGAAGAAAUUGCCGCCCUCAACUUGGCUAAAUUCCGCAAGGCUCAACAAGAAUUGGAGGAAGCUGAAGAACGUGCCGACCUCGCUGAACAAGCUAUUGCCAAAUUCCGUGCGAAGGGACGUGGAGGUUCCACCGCUAGGGGAGUUAGCCCAGCCCCACCAAGACAGCGUCCAACUGCUGACGGUAUGACCUUCCCACCAAGGUUCGACCUCGGCGACGAUUUUUAAAUUGUUAGCGCUGUGUUAGAUAUAUAUUUUACGAACAUUUCACGCGGCAAAAACAACCGAACCGCGUGACUUUAAUUUACACACAUUUAUUUAUUUAUUUUUUAUUUUUGUUUCAACUUUUUUUGAGAUUUAGAAUUGUAUUUUGAAUGAUUCCGUUAAUAAAAAAUUGCGAGAAUCCAGAGAAUUUAAGGGAAAAGAGACACGUACCUUCCAUCAUAAGCAGCCCUUUGGUCUCUGUGUUCUCAUAAUGCCAACUGUAUUUUAUAAAUAGGACCUAAAAUGUAUUGUAUGUGUGACAUGUAUGGCUUAAGGCACCAAUAAACAAAUUUUAUCGUUA